AUGGUGAAGCUAGAUAUUCAUACUCUGGCCCAUCACCUCAAGCAGGAACGAUUAUAUGUAAACUCUGAGAAACAGCUCAUUCAGAGGCUCAAUGCAGAUGUACUUAAAACAGCUGAAAAGUUGUAUCGUACAGCAUGGAUUGCUAAGCAACAGAGAAUUAAUUUGGAUCGGCUUAUUAUAACCAGUGCUGAAGCUUCCCCUGCUGAAUGUUGCCAACAUGCCAAGAUUUUGGAAGAUACACAGUUUGUUGAUGGGUAUAAGCAGUUGGGAUUUCAGGAGACUGCUUAUGGAGAAUUCUUAAGUCGAUUAAGGGAAAAUCCUCGUCUUAUUGCCUCCUCUUUGGUUGCGGGAGAGAAACUUAAUCAGGAGAACACACAAAGUGUUAUUUACACAGUUUUUACCUCUCUCUAUGGCAACUGCAUUAUGCAAGAAGAUGAAAGCUACCUCCUUCAGGUGUUGAGAUACUUGAUUGAAUUUGAACUUAAAGAAAGUGACAACCCCAGGCGACUUUUGAGGAGAGGAACUUGUGCCUUCAGCAUCUUAUUUAAACUUUUUUCUGAAGGACUGUUUUCUGCCAAACUUUUCCUCACAGCAACUUUACAUGAGCCAAUCAUGCAGCUGCUUGUUGAAGAUGAGGAUCACCUGGAAACAGACCCAAACAAGCUAAUUGAGAGGUUCUCCCCGUCUCAACAGGAAAAGCUCUUUGGAGAGAAAGGCUCAGAUAGAUUCAGGCAAAAGGUUCAAGAGAUGGUGGAUUCCAACGAGGCCAAGCUGGUGGCUUUGGUGAACAAAUUUAUUGGUUAUCUCAAACAGAACACAUACUGCUUUCCACAUAGUUUGAGAUGGAUUGUGUCACAGAUGUACAAAACUCUCUCCUGUGUAGAUAGACUGGAAGUUGGGGAGGUCAGAGCAAUGUGUACUGACCUCCUGUUGGCCUGCUUCAUUUGUCCUGCGGUUGUCAAUCCAGAACAGUAUGGAAUAAUUUCUGAUGCUCCUAUUAAUGAGGUGGCAAGAUUUAAUCUGAUGCAGGUUGGCCGCCUUUUGCAGCAAUUAGCAAUGACUGGCUCCGAAGAGGGAGAUCCCCGGACAAAGAGCAGCCUUGGAAAAUUUGACAAAAGCUGUGUUGCUGCUUUCCUUGAUGUGGUGAUUGGAGGCCGUGCAGUGGAGACCCCGCCAAUGUCCUCUGUUAAUCUUCUGGAAGGGUUGAGCAGAACUGUAGUUUAUAUAACCUACAGUCAGCUUAUUACUCUGGUGAAUUUUAUGAAGAGUGUGAUGUCUGGAGAUCAGCUGAGAGAAGAUAGAAUGGCUCUUGACAAUUUAUUGGCAAACCUACCCCAGGCAAAGCCAGGAAAAAGCAGCAGUUUGGAAAUGACUCCCUACAGUACUCCUCAGCUGUCUCCAGCAACCACUCCAGCAAAUAAAAAGAAUCGAUUGCCUAUAGCAACUCGGAGCAGAAGCCGCACCAAUGUUCUGAUGGACUUACAUAUGGACCAUGAAGGAUCAGCUCAAGAAACCAUCCAGGAAGUGCAGCCAGAAGAGGUGUUGGUCAUUUCCUUAGGAACGGGUCCCCAGCUUACUCCAGGGAUGAUGUCAGAAAAUGAGGUCCUAAACAUGCAGCUUUCGGAUGGAGGACAAGGAGAUGUCCCUGUUGAUGAAAACAAACUCCACGGUCCUUCAAAUCGUUCUAAUUCAGUAUCCUCACUAGACCUGGAAGGGGAAUCUGUUUCAGAACUUGGAGCAGGACCUUCUGGGAGUAAUGGAGUUGAAGCUCUACAGCUGUUAGAGCAUGAGCAAGCUACAACCCAGGAUAAUCUCGAUGAUAAGCUAAGGAAGUUUGAAAUUCGUGACAUGAUGGGACUGACAGAUGAUAGAGAUAUAUCAGAAACAGUGAGUGAGACAUGGAGUACAGAUGUCUUGGGAAGUGAUUUUGACCCUAACAUUGAUGAAGAUCGCUUGCAAGAAAUCGCAGGUGCAGCAGCAGAGAACAUGUUAGGCAGUUUACUGUGCCUGCCAGGUUCAGGGUCAGUGCUUCUUGACCCCUGCACUGGCUCUACCAUAUCAGAGACAACAAGCGAAGCUUGGAGUGUAGAGGUAUUGCCAAGUGACUCAGAGGCCCCAGAUCUAAAGCAGGAGGAGCGACUGCAAGAACUGGAGAGCUGUUCAGGACUGGGUAGCACAUCUGAUGAUACGGAUGUCAGGGAGGUCAGUUCCCGCCCCAGCACACCAGGCCUCAGUGUUGUGUCGGGCAUAAGUGCAACCUCUGAGGAUAUUCCCAAUAAGAUUGAAGACCUGAGAUCUGAGUGCAGCUCUGAUUUUGGGGGUAAAGAUUCUGUCACUAGUCCAGACAUGGAUGAAGUAACUCAUGGUGCCCACCAGCUGACCUCUCCUCCUUCUCAGUCAGAGUCUCUCCUUGCCAUGUUUGAUCCACUGUCUUCACAUGAAGGGGCUUCUGCUGUAGUAAGGCCAAAGGUUCACUAUGCCAGGCCAUCGCAUCCACCACCAGAUCCCCCAAUCCUGGAAGGAGCUGCAGGAGGAAACGAGGCCAGGUUGCCAAACUUUGGUUCCCAUGUCUUAACUCCAGCUGAGAUGGAGGCAUUUAAGCAAAGGCAUUCUUACCCUGAGAGAUUAGUUCGCAGCAGGAGCUCUGAUAUAGUGUCUUCUGUCCGGCGACCUAUGAGUGACCCCAGCUGGAACCGACGUCCAGGGAAUGAAGAGCGAGACCUCCCCCAAGCCGCAGCCAUUGGUGCUACUUCUUUGGUGGCUGCCCCUCAUUCAUCAUCUUCAUCCCCGAGUAAGGACUCCUCAAGAGGAGAGACUGAAGAACGCAAAGAUAGCGAUGAUGAGAAAUCAGACAGGAACAGACCUUGGUGGAGAAAGCGUUUUGUUUCUGCCAUGCCCAAAGCUCCUAUACCAUUUAGAAAGAAAGAAAAACAAGAAAAAGACAAAGAUGAUCUGGGGCCUGACAGAUUCUCAACACUCACAGUGAAUCUCAGUGCGCUCUUCCUGCAGACUGCCACCACCAUCAUCAUCCUCAUUAUCAUAACUUCCGUUUAUGAUGAGAUGACCUGGAAUGCCAUUAAACGAACCAGUCCCAGUGAAGGAGCACUGGCAAACUACGAAAGUGCAGAAGUUAUGGGUGAUGGUGAGAGUGCGCAUGAUUCGCCUCGUGACGAAACCCUGCAAAACAUCUCAGCUGACGAUCUCCCAGAUUCCGCAAGCCAAGCCGCCCACCCUCAGGAUUCAGCUUUCUCUUACAGAGAUGCAAAAAAGAAACUGAGGCUUGCUCUUUGUUCUGCGGAUUCUGUUGCUUUCCCAGUGCUAACCCAUUCAACAAGGAAUGGUUUACCAGACCAUACAGACCCAGAAGACAAUGAAAUUGUCUGCUUCCUAAAAGUUCAAAUAGCUGAAGCAAUUAAUUUACAAGAUAAAAACUUAAUGGCUCAACUUCAAGAAACAAUGCGUUGUGUGUGCCGCUUUGAUAACAGGACUUGUAGGAAGCUACUGGCUUCUAUCGCUGAGGACUAUAGGAAAAGGGCCCCCUAUAUUGCUUACCUCACUCGUUGUCGACAAGGACUGCAGACCACGCAGGCUCACCUGGAAAGGCUACUGCAGAGGGUUUUGCGGGACAAAGAGGUGGCCAAUCGAUACUUCACCACUGUCUGUGUGAGGUUGCUGCUCGAGAGCAAAGAAAAGAAGAUCAGGGAAUUCAUUCAAGACUUCCAGAAACUCACGGCAGCUGAUGAUAAAACUGCUCAGGUGGAAGAUUUUCUGCAGUUCCUUUAUGGCGCCAUGGCCCAGGAUGUCAUAUGGCAGAAUGCGAGUGAGGAGCAGCUUCAGGAUGCCCAGCUCGCCAUUGAGCGAAGUGUGAUGAAUCGGAUCUUCAAACUUGCCUUCUACCCUAAUCAGGACGGGGACAUACUCCGUGACCAAGUUCUUCAUGAACAUAUUCAGAGAUUGUCUAAAGUAGUGACUGCAAAUCACAGAGCUCUUCAGAUACCAGAGGUUUAUCUUCGGGAGGCACCGUGGCCAUCUGCACAGUCAGAAAUCAGGACAAUAAGUGCUUACAAGACGCCUCGGGACAAAGUGCAGUGCAUCCUGAGAAUGUGCUCCACGAUCAUGAACCUCCUGAGCCUGGCCAAUGAGGACUCUGUCCCAGGAGCAGAUGACUUCGUCCCUGUUUUGGUUUUUGUGUUGAUAAAGGCAAAUCCACCCUGUUUGCUGUCCACUGUUCAGUACAUCAGUAGCUUUUAUGCCAGCUGUCUGUCUGGAGAGGAGUCUUAUUGGUGGAUGCAGUUCACAGCAGCAGUUGAAUUCAUUAAGACUAUCGAUGACCGAAAGUAA